AUGGCAUCUCCCGCAUACAUUGACAUUGUCAAGCGAAAGCAAGCCGAACAACAAUCCCGCAUUCCUCAAGAAUGGCGACUCAAAUCCCUCCCCGAUGAAAGUGUCACCGAUGUCAGACAUAUACCUAGAGAAUCUGGUAUUUUGUCUACCAGAGAAAUCGAGAUCACUGAGACUUUUGAUGCCGUUGAAUUGGCGGAUCGAAUCCGUCGACGCAUGUAUUCCUGCCAUGAGGUUACACUUGCCUUUUGCAAACGCGCGGCUAUCGCCCAACAGUUGUUGAACUGUCUUACAGAAAUCUUUUUUGAUAAAGCUCUCGAACGAGCUAAGCAAUUAGACAAGCAUCUUGAGGAACAUGGCCUUCCUCUCGGCCCUUUCCAUGGUGUCCCGAUAUCCUUAAAGGAUAACUUUAACUACACAGGUUAUGACUCUAGUAGCGGAGUCGUGGCCUUAUGUUUCCGCCCAGCAAAAGAAAAAUCCUCGAUCGUCUCAGUGUUGGAAGAUGCUGGUGCGGUGUUUUACUGCAAAACCAACAUUCCACAGACGAUGAUGUCCCUCGACUCCGUCAAUUUAAUUUGGGGGAGAGCGUUGAACCCUUUGAAUAGGAAACUCACGGCGGGCGGAUCGAGUGGUGGAGAGGGCGCUUUAAUAGGAAUCCGUGGCAGUCUGAUAGGCAUUGGCAGCGAUGUCGGCGGCAGCAUCAGGGUCCCAGCCAUGUGUAAUGGACUUUACGGAGUUAAGCCGUCGGCUCAUAGAUAUGUCUCACAAGUUGGCAGCGAAUUUAUCAUGCCAGGAAGCUUCGGAGUUGGUCUGUCGUUCUCUACCGGCCCAAUUGCGACUUCGCUCAGAUCAUGCGAACUACUACUUAAAGUCGUAUCGGACGGAAAACUUUGGGAAAGCGAACCACAUGUGUUAUUCUCGCCAUGGAGAACGCUAGAGUUUAAGCCAAGGCCUAUGAAGUUCUUGGUUCUGAUGACUGAUCUUGUCACGACUCCGUUGCCGCCAGUUCAACGAGUUUUGAAGGAGACAGCCGCUCAGCUACAGUCAAGAGGCCAUAAAGUCGUUGUUCUUGACGAUCCUCCAAAGUUUGUCAAACAACUUCAUGGACUCUCGAACAAAUUGAUGAGUAUCGAAGGAGGUGCCUGGGCUUCCGACCUCGUCGACAAAACCGGAGAGCCAAAGGUCCCGUGGGUAGCGCCACGGCUGAAGCGCAGGGACCCAGCUACAUUAAAACAGCUAUUUGAACUGAAUUCUAAAAACGAAGAACUCAUUACUCAGUCAUUGAAGUUAUGGAAGUCCAGCGACGGCCAGGGUUUUGAUGCCAUAAUCUGUCCAGUUGCCCCCCACCCGACCCCACAACCGGACGCUUGGAAUGGUGCGGGUUACACCUCCAUGUUCAACAUGCUCGACUGGCCUAGUGGGGCUAUCCCAGCCAGGAACGUUACGAGAGAAGAUCUGGAAGCUCCGUUGGGAGCGGAAACCGGCACCAGCUGGGACAAGAUCAAUCGGACAAAACUCUGGGAGAAAAGGGAAGGUUAUCUUGGGAGCCCACUGUCACUCCAGAUCGUUGGCAGAAAAUUCCAAGAAGAGGAACUGCUGCAUGCAAUGCAUGUCGUUGACGAGGUUGUAUCUGGAACGCGAGGAGCAGCAGUCAGGGAUCACAAGUUAUAG